AUGGUCAAGGAUUUUCGAGUAGCAGAUAGCACAGAUGCUUCCUUCUAUGCCGGGAUCCUCAUCUCCGCCUUUUCUCUUGCCGAAGCCCUCACCGGCAUGUUCUGGGGAGGCCUUUCGGACCGUAUCGGUCGCAAACCGGUUCUUCUGUCCGGUUGCUUCGGCACCAUGCUAUCCCUUCUUCUCGUGGGAUUCGCCCCAAAUUUCUGGGUGGCGCUCUUAGGUCGCGCUCUUGGUGGUCUUCUAAACGGGAAUAUCGGAGUCAUCCAGACAAUGGUUGGGGAACUAGUCAAACGACCGGAACAUGAACCUCGAGCCUACGCCGUGAUGCCAUUUGUCUGGUCAAUUGGAACUAUUAUCGGUCCCGCGAUUGGAGGUUUGCUUGCCAGGCCCGCCGAAAGCUAUCCAUCUCUUUUCUCCGCCGACGGCCUUUUCGGCAGAUUUCCCUACCUGUUGCCGAAUCUGGUCUGCUCCCUCCUGCUCCUUUUCAGCAUAGUUGGCAGCUGGCUAUUCUUGCACGAGACCCAUCCCGAUCUGCAACGUCAGAAUGCUUCCGGAGACGUCGAUCAUACGUCUGCCGAAAGUCCUCUUCUGGCCACUGCAGGAGCGACAGCCAAUGCAGGUGUAGAUCUACGCGCGGAAUCAUAUGGUACCUUCAACCAAGUUCGCUUGCAGGCAGAUGAAGAUUGGUUUGUGAAUGCCGAUGGUUCAAAAUUCAAGACGCAAAAACAAACCGUUUUCACAUGGCGAGUUGUCUCGCUCAUCAUCGCCUUAUCCAUAUUCACUUAUCACUCAAUGACGUACGAUCAUCUCUUGCCCAUUUUCUUGCAGGACAAAAAUGGCAGGAACGUUUCAGGCCACAGUAACUCGUCGCUUAGUUUCCCUGGCGGACUUGGCCUUUCUACACGAACAGUCGGCCUGAUUAUGUCUUCCGAUGGUAUCAUCGCGCUCAUUAUUCAGAGUUGCAUUUUUCCCGUUCUGGCUCAGUUACUGGGGGUCUGGAGACUAUUUGUGGUGGUGACUGUGUUGCAUCCUGUCGCCUACUUCAUCGUUCCAUUCCUCAUGUUUCUACCUCAAAACUCCGUCAUCUUCGGCAUUUAUUCAUGCCUCAUCAUUCGCAACAUACUUUCGAUAAUCGACUACCCUGUGCUGCUGAUUCUCAUUAAGCAGGCAAGCCCUUCGGAAUCGGUCAUGGGAAAGAUCAAUGGUCUAGCUGCUUCUGCUGGUGCCGUCGCUAGGACUAUUGCUCCCCCUAUUGCUGGAUUCCUGUACAGCACCGGUGCCGAAAUGAAUUUCACUGCUAUCGCAUGGUGGGGAAGCACUUUGGUUGCUGUUGUGGGUGCUGUGCAGCUGUGUUUCAUUGAGCGCAAGAAGCAUACCUCCGCCACGAUUCGGUCGGCUAUGCCCUGCCAUUAUGUCCCAGAGGAGUCUCGAUCUCAAAAAGAGACCAUCCAUAUCAUAGUAACCGACACUGAUGCUAAUUUAGACGGUGUGGAUACGUCCCAAUCCCGCCGUCAUUCGUUCUGGACAUAG